AUGGCGAUCUCGACCCCACCUCGCCUCGAUGUCGAUAUCAAAACUCUUGACGGCGUGACGCUGCGCGGAUGGCUGUUCCCCGCCGCCUCGCGUGGCCCGGCCAUGAUAAUGACGCCAGGGUUCAACUUCCCCAAGGAUGCCAACCUGCCCGACAUUGCAAAGUGGUUCCAGGAACACGGCAUCACCGUUCUUCUGUAUGAUCCGCGCGGUAUAGGCGCGAGCGAAGGAGAGCCCAGAAAUGAGGUCGACCCUCUUCAGCAGAUCGAGGACCUCCAUGACGCCGUGACCUGGAUCAAGCAACAACCUCUGGUCGACGAGACCAAGAUCGCAUUGUGGGGAUUAUGUUGGGGAGGGAACGUCACCCUUGCGGCGACCGCGUUUGAACUUUUUUCUUUUCAUUUUAGCAAGCGCGUGGCGGCCACCAUAGCCAUGGCACCCAUGAUCAGCACGGACGGCAGCGCCGAGAGGCGCAAGCCUCUGCUGGAGCUCGCGAUGCACGACCGGGCGAGCCAGCUGCUGGCGGGCCAGAGCCCCAUGCACCUGCCCCACAUUGACGAGGACGGCAACAUGCCCAACGGGCAGGAGAUGGCGCCCGAGAUCGUUCCCGCGCUCGACCGGCUCGGCAUCGUCCUCGAGAAUCGCAUCUCGUACGUCGCGCCCACGCCCGCCAUGAUGGUCACGCCCGAGCUCGACGAGACGAGCCCCCUGGACAGUCAGCUUCAUUGCUUCACCCAGAUGGGGUACCCCAAGGAGUUGGACAUCUUGAAGGGGAGCGGUCAUUUGGACUGGAUGUUCAAGGAUCUAGAGCAGAUCCUGCGCAGGCAGUACGAUUUUCUGAAGAAACACAUGGAGUUCUGA